AUUUAGCUCAUGAAGUGCUGUGGUCAGCUGCACCUUCUGCCUUUCUUGAUGUUUCUGUGCUGAAAGAGGACAGUUCUUUGUGGGUAAGAAUUUAGCUCAUGAGGGGCAUUUACUAUUGCCUUUACCUACAUUUUUGUGCCUCAUGCUUUAUAAAAGAAGAUGAGUCUUGAAGCUAGUAGGUAUUUGUAAAGGGAUAUUUCUGCUUGUCACAUGAUGUCUACCUAGGUUUGUUCCAAGUUUAACGAGGAUUCAGGUUGCUGCAAUUAAUUGGCCGAAAAUUAUUCAGAAUCCCAAGAAGUCUGUUUUACCUAUGGACUGCACAUCCAAUCCCUUCUCUCAAGAUUGUGCAGGAAGUGAUCACUCACGUCGACAAGAUGAUGGAGAAAAGUUAUCCUACAGAAAUAUUUUUGUCGACAUGGAAGAACAAUCAAUUCCUUGCACACCAAGGACGGCUCAAGCUUGUAAGAAGAUUCCCGUUACAGUAAUCACCUCUGUCAAGCAUUCUAAGCAUUCAAAUGGAAGAAAGAUGAUCAAUGAGUAUGUAAAAGAAAGGAAGAUCAACCAAGGAAGCUAUGGUAGAGUGGUUCUUUAUCGAAACAGUAACGAUGGAAUCCCAUAUGCUAUUAAGGUUGUUUGUAAGUCUCGUUUGCGCAAGUUGCGCAUCACACAAUCAGAAACGGCCAUGACUGAUGUUCUCAGAGAAGUUUCCAUAUUGAAAACAUUGGAACAUCCAAACAUAAUCAACCUAGUUGAGGUGAUUGAUGACCAAAAAUCUGAUUACAUGUAUAUGGUUCUUGAAUACGUGGAAAGCAGUUGUAUGAGCAAAAUUUUGGAGACGAAAGGACAUAUUGAUGAAACAAGUGCAAGAAGAUAUUUCAAGGAUGUAAUUGCCGGUCUCAUUUAUUUGCAUCACCACCAGAACAUCGUGCAUGGUGAUAUUAAGCCAGAAAAUGUUUUGGUCACUACAAGUGGAAGGGUGAAGAUAGUUGAUUUCAGCUUUGGCCAUGCCUUUGAGGAUGACAAUGAUGGGCUAUUGAGAUGUCCUGGAACUCCAGCUUUCACAGCACCUGAGUGUUAUUCAGAUACAGUUUACCAUGGGAAAGCUGCUGAUACAUGGGCUGUUGGUGUUACCUUAUAUUUUAUGGUGGUGGGCUGCUGCCCUUUUCUUGCCGAUAGUGUACCUGAAACUUACGACAAGAUUGUUAAUGGUCCCUUGUCACUCCCAGAAGAAUUAAAUCCUGACCUCAAAGAUCUGCUCCAAGGCCUUCUCUGUAAAGAUCCAACCCAAAGAAUUACCUUGAAUAGUGCAGCUGAGCAUCCAUGGAUGGUCAAAGAGGGAGGCCCAGUCCCUAUAAACUGCUUAUAAAGCUGCAGGAAGAGCAGAUGACAAAGCCUAAAGGGCCCGAGCAAAUAUUAGUUCAAAAGUCUUGUAAAUUUAUUAAAUUAUUCAAUUUAAAAAAGAAAUCCAUGAUUAUAGCAUUAUCUAAUAGAAUUAAUUACAUAAUUUCAAAGAUAUUUUCAACUCGCUGAGGUUAAGAUCCAUAAUCAUCAAAGAUGGAAUCUUGGGUGAAUGAUCCUGAACCCCUUGAUAAUGGUGAUGGCUCACUGCUGCCUAGCGGUAUGUCAGAAACAGCAUCCAAGAAACCACGAAUGCUACGACAACGAGCAUGUUUGAAACUGAAUGAUCUUGUCUUGUUCUUGGAGAAGAUAUUUGAAGAAUUUGAAAGAAUCGCAUAAACCAAGACUUGUACAAGCACAAACAUGGCCACCUUGAUCAAGAUUUCAGCUAAUGAUGCCUCCACCUCCAUUACUCAAGUGAAGAAAGAAAUCUAGCCUGAUGAUACUCGUAUGUGUGAUCAAUCUGAAUAUUAUGACAAUGAUGCUUGAGGAUGCUGCUUAUAUAGAGAAGAACUUGAAGGGUUGCUAGAGAAGCCACAUUUGACUUGUGGUUGAAGCCAUAGAAGUAAUGAAUUGACCGCACGCCAAGAAAAUUGAAAAGGAAGCUUCUGCCAUGUCCAGAACUGAAUGCUUUUUGGUUUCUUACAAGAAAAUAAGUGUAUGCGUGUAAGAAGAUACUUCCAUGUGCCUUGAUCUUUCUUUAUUGUCAUCAGAUUAUAAUUUAUAUUGUUACUAGGACAAAAGUAUGCAUUUAAUAUUCUAUAGCUUUUGCCAUUACAAUUCAAAAUGUACAAUUAAAAUA